GGGAUUACAAUGUAUCAGCGAAGCAAAUAUGAGCAAUCAAUACAUUGAAACCUAUGAAAAAGUUUAUUUUAGCAAAUUUAGUCAAGACAUUCAAAGAGAGGAACCAUAUCAUGGACUGGGAGGAGGCCAGAACUGUCUGUGACGUAUCUGAGGAAUGUGGUAGAGCUGUUGCCGAAGCUGUCUAGGCUUGUCAAGAUAAAACAAAAACAAACUGGGUCCAACAUACAGGAAACAUAUUCACACAAACUCUGGCAGUCUUGUCACUCUGACUAAUUGUCUCUCCGAAGUCACUUCACUUUUGAUAAUAUGGACGUGUCAAACAGAAGAAUUGUCAUCUUGGGAAAAACUGGAGCUGGGAAAAGCAGCCUGGCUAACACCAUAUUUGGAGAGAAACUGUUCAAGAUCGACCAUACUCUCAACUCUGAAACAAGUGAAUGUCAAGCAAAAACCAAAUCUGUCAAUGGAAGAAGCAUCACCUUGAUUGACACUCCUGGUUUCUUUGACACAGAUAUGUCUGAGGAGGAGCUGAAGCCUGAGAUAGUGAGAUGUAUCACAGAGUGCUCUCCUGGGCCUCAUGCUUUUCUCAUUGUGCUUAAAGUGGAGAAAUUCACAGAGCAGGAGCGGGCUGUCAUCAACAAAAUAAAUGAAUACUUUUCUGAAGAAGUCUUCAAAUAUGCAACAGUUGUCUUUACUCAUGGAGACCAGUUCCCUGAAGGACAGACAAUUGAGGACUUUGUCAGUCUGAAUAAGAUGAUGAGUGAUUUGGUGAAGAAAUGUGGCAGCCGGUGCCACGUCAUUGAUAAUAAAUACUGGAACAAAAAUCCAAAGGAUAAAAACAGGAGCAACCAGUUCCAGGUGGAGGAGCUUCUUAACACAAUAGACAAGAUAACUGAGGCAAACAACGGAAGCUGCUACACUAAUGAGAUGCUACAAGCAGUGGAGGAAGAAAUACAACAAGAGGAGGAGCACAUAAGACUGUUAUCAGGAAACAUGUCAGAGGAAGAGGUCAGAGAGCAGGCCAAGGGCAGAGUAUACACGACGCUUUUGGUCAAAUUUGCAGGUACAACAACAGGUUCAUUGUUAGGAGCAUUUUAUGGUGUAGCAGUGAUGGUUGGAUUAGUUGCCACAGUUUUAAAUGAGACUUCAAAGCCAGUACAAUUACAACAAGCUAUAGGCAAACUAGCAAAAGCUGCAUUAGGAGGAGGAGCAGUAAUAACAGGAGGAGCAGUACUAACAGGAGGAGCAGAAGGAGGAGUAGCAGGAGCAGCAGUAGCAGGAGGAACAGCUGGAAUAACAUUAGGCAUAGUUACAGGGACAUCUGCUGCAGUGGGAGCACUAAUAGGAGGUGUUACAGGAUAUCAUGCAGCUGAGGGAGCAGACACACCACUGGAUGCAGCAAAGAGGGCAGCAGAGGCUGUCAGGAAUGAGGCCCAAUCUGUCUUAGAUGAAGCAAAUGAUGUUAUGAACAGACUAAGAGCCAAGUUUUAACAGAGUCAUAACCAAUAAUGAGCCGUGACUCUUGAAGAAAGGGGAGAUAAUAUAUAAUUAUAAAGCCAUAUCUCCCUGUAGAUCAAAUGGAAAUCGUGCUCUAAAAAUAUUGAACCAUUGAGCUGACUAUGUUCAUUCAUAUGUAAUAUGUAAUAAGUUGUACUUCUUGUCUGAGCUUCAAACUUCAGACACUUAUUCCUGUUUCAUGAGCUAACUACAGAGUGUUGGUUUGAUGUGUUGUCCAGUGCAUGUACUGUAAACUGUAACCACAAAAAAUGAAGAUAAAACAUUUUUUUACAGCAUUCAUAAGAUCUUAAAAACUGUUUAAAUAAAACCAGUGUACACUGUUGGCUGUAUUUCUGUCUGCUCUUAAAAUAUUUGUCACUUUUUCCUGUUGCAAAAGCUAACCAGAAAAUAUCACUCAAUGUAUGUACAACACGAUUAAGUCAGUUUGAUGCUCCUGCAAAAAUAGUUGUGGUUCUUUAUGGAUUAUAAUAUAUCACCAAGGCAAAUAUGAACAAUCAAUACAUUGAAACCUAUGGAAAAAAUGUAUUUGAGUAAAUAAAGUUUUUACUUGGUAAGGUAAUCAA